AUGCAGCAACAAAGCCACAAUGAGCAACAGAGGAUUCAAACAGCCCACCAAUCAGCCCAACGGACAAUAUAUGACCUGACGGCAGACGAUUCCAACAAUGAUGAUGAUGAUGACUCUGUCAUUUGGAUCAACAGCAGCCCCAGUGGCGUGGACAAUAACACACAUUCUUUUAUUUCACAGAUACCUACCUCUGGUAAUCAGCUAAUCCGGCUAAAUGAGCAGCCUACCGGCCUGAUGGCACCAAUCCACGCAGAUGACGACAAUGAGCCGCCACAGCAGCAGCAGCCUACGCAGACAGCCCAGACGGUGCUUUCACAGCAGAAACUGCAACAAUCAAUUCAGCUGCUGGAUACCCGGCAGCUACCAGCCACUCCGCAGCCGCAGCAACAGCAGCUCCAAGACACGUCGCCAGCCAAUAGGCUGAAACGGAAGAGAAUCCCAUCUCAAACCGCUCAACGGCCUAACAAUACCUGCAAGAAUAACGAAUAUCAGCAAAAACGUCCAGCCAUCAAGCACACAGUCUCUGAAUCAGAGCUGACGCCAAAAAAACCAUGCAGAAUCCAAAUUGAACGCGAAAUAGAUGAGAUGCAGCAACAAAGCCACAAUGAGCAACAGAGGAUUCAAACAGCCCACCAAUCAGCCCAACGGACAAUAUAUGACCUGACGGCAGACGAUUCCAACAAUGAUGAUGAUGAUGACUCUGUCAUUUGGAUCAACAGCAGCCCCAGUGGCGUGGACAAUAACACACAUUCUUUUAUUUCACAGAUACCUACCUCUGGUAAUCAGCUAAUCCGGCUAAAUGAGCAGCCUACCGGCCUGAUGGCACCAAUCCACGCAGAUGACGACAAUGAGCCGCCACAGCAGCAGCAGCCUACGCAGACAGCCCAGACGGUGCUUUCACAGCAGAAACUGCAACAAUCAAUUCAGCUGCUGGAUACCCGGCAGCUACCAGCCACUCCGCAGCCGCAGCAACAGCAGCUCCAAGACACGUCGCCAGCCAAUAGGCUGAAACGGAAGAGAAUCCCAUCUCAAACCGCUCAACGGCCUAACAAUACCUGCAAGAAUAACGAAUAUCAGCAAAAACGUCCAGCCAUCAAGCACACAGUCUCUGAAUCAGAGCUGACGCCAAAAAAACCAUGCAGAAUCCAAAUUGAACGCGAAAUAGAUGAGAUGCAGCAACAAAGCCACAAUGAGCAACAGAGGAUUCAAACAGCCCACCAAUCAGCCCAACGGACAAUAUAUGACCUGACGGCAGACGAUUCCAACAAUGAUGAUGAUGAUGACUCUGUCAUUUGGAUCAACAGCAGCCCCAGUGGCGUGGACAAUAACACACAUUCUUUUAUUUCACAGAUACCUACCUCUGGUAAUCAGCUAAUCCGGCUAAAUGAGCAGCCUACCGGCCUGAUGGCACCAAUCCACGCAGAUGACGACAAUGAGCCGCCACAGCAGCAGCAGCCUACGCAGACAGCCCAGACGGUGCUUUCACAGCAGAAACUGCAACAAUCAAUUCAGCUGCUGGAUACCCGGCAGCUACCAGCCACUCCGCAGCCGCAGCAACAGCAGCUCCAAGACACGUCGCCAGCCAAUAGGCUGAAACGGAAGAGAAUCCCAUCUCAAACCGCUCAACGGCCUAACAAUACCUGCAAGAAUAACGAAUAUCAGCAAAAACGUCCAGCCAUCAAGCACACAGUCUCUGAAUCAGAGCUGACGCCAAAAAAACCAUGCAGAAUCCAAAUUGAACGCGAAAUAGAUGAGAUGCAGCAACAAAGCCACAAUGAGCAACAGAGGAUUCAAACAGCCCACCAAUCAGCCCAACGGACAAUAUAUGACCUGACGGCAGACGAUUCCAACAAUGAUGAUGAUGAUGACUCUGUCAUUUGGAUCAACAGCAGCCCCAGUGGCGUGGACAAUAACACACAUUCUUUUAUUUCACAGAUACCUACCUCUGGUAAUCAGCUAAUCCGGCUAAAUGAGCAGCCUACCGGCCUGAUGGCACCAAUCCACGCAGAUGACGACAAUGAGCCGCCACAGCAGCAGCAGCCUACGCAGACAGCCCAGACGGUGCUUUCACAGCAGAAACUGCAACAAUCAAUUCAGCUGCUGGAUACCCGGCAGCUACCAGCCACUCCGCAGCCGCAGCAACAGCAGCUCCAAGACACGUCGCCAGCCAAUAGGCUGAAACGGAAGAGAAUCCCAUCUCAAACCGCUCAACGGCCUAACAAUACCUGCAAGAAUAACGAAUAUCAGCAAAAACGUCCAGCCAUCAAGCACACAGUCUCUGAAUCAGAGCUGACGCCAAAAAAACCAUGCAGCGACUACAGCUCGGCAAACGGCACCAUGUGGACCCCGCUUAUGCUGAUCCUCCCUCGCCAAAGAGAAGCCGAAUGCAACAACAACGGCAUGCCAAUAAGCCAGCGUGCAUACUUAUCCACUACACUAGUGGCAAAUGGGUAG